AUGCCAGACGAAAGAAAGAGGAAUUUAAUUGUGAGCCCCGUUGACAAGGAUGGCACAUAUACUGAUCAAAAAUAUCAAGUUAUAAACGCCCUUGACUACAUUGUCAGGUAUACAAAUUUUAUCGACGAACAUUCCAAUGCUUGCAAACUACUACCUGCCAUAAUACGCAAGUUAAAGGCGCGGGGUGUUUGGAAGUACAUCACAUCUUUGACUGUUCUGAGGGAAUACAGUAAUCUGCAAAUUGAAGCUAACAGCGGCCUGACAUACAUCUCUAAGGAAUUCAUAUUCAGGUCUACUCUGGUGUUUAGUAGGCAAGGAGAUAAAUAUACCCAAGAAGACACAGUUCGCUUGGUGAUAAUAUUGAAAUCUAUGGAGGAAGCCAAUAAAGGAACAUGUGAUAAUUCAUGUAAGAACCAAGGUAGUUGUUUUAGGCAACCCUAUUCAUCUACAAAAUACUGUCAGUGCAAACCAUAUUAUCAAG